GGAUCGAUUUUUCGGACUGAAAUGCUGGCGACAGUAGAGGCUUUGUCACAGGUGGUUGAAAAUGGAUGGCUGACCUCAAACUCAUAAGUGGAGUGCUUCAGACUCAUAAAGGGACACCAUUGUGAUUGGACCUGAAUCUUAAUUACUUGCGGUUUCGUAGCAUAUAACAUUUGUGCACUAGAAGAAAAGUUUUAUUUGAGAUAACUGGUGGUUAUAGUAGGUGGUUAGAAGGGUCGAAAAGUUGCAGCCUAGUAAGCUGGAGGUACUCUGUUCUGGCUGUUUGAUUGUGGGGAGGAUAUCUGCCAUUGUUUCUGUUGAAUCACAUUGUAUGUGGUUGUUCAGGGUGGCACAUCAGGCUUCAGCAUUACUUGGGGGGAUCGUUGAGUUGUUCUUAUUUAUUUGAGGAUACUUUGACAUUAUUGGUCGAACCUUUCUGUAUCCAUGCUGGUGGAGAGCAUGCGUGGAAUCUGUGCUUCGGGUAAUGCCCCUGACCAGACUCGUCACCGAGGCAUUCGGUGUGGUGACAAUCUCUCUAGUAUUUGUAUUGGUACUUUUCGGUGUUGUCUGCAUACUUUACUCAGUUUACUUUAGAACUUGGAUCAGGGGGCAAGGCUUCGCCCGACUUCAAUAUUUUAACGGACCGUGGAUUAUCCGAAUCGCCCUAAUCUGUUUUGCAAUUUGGUGGGGUUUUGGUGAGAUUGUUCGGUUGAGUUUCUUGAGACAGGGAAGAGUGUUGCACUUCCUUACCUUAAAAUGGCAGGAGAUUGCCUGCAAAUUCUACAUUCUUUCAAAUCUUGGGUUUUCAGAACCAUGCUUGCUCCUCACCCUUAUGUUUCUACUUCGGGCCUCCUUGCAGAAGAGGGAUUCAGGAACUUUAAGCCAGCAAUGGAAUGGAAAGACAGCCAGUUAUGUGCUUCUAUAUUGUCUUCCUCUGUUUGUCCUUCAGCUCAUUGUCAUAUUGAUUGGGCUUGGGUUCAACAGUGAAAACUUUGUGCAGAAGAUACCCCAUUCAUUUUUAACAACAGUUGUGCACCAUGACGAUGUUGCCCUUUGCACAUACCCUUUACUGAGUACUAUUUUCCUUGGGCUUUUUGCCAUUCUAGUAACUAUCUAUUUGUUGUGUCUUGGAAGGCAAAUGGUAUAUCAGGUGAUCAACAAGGGGUUGCGCAGGAGAGUUUAUUGGUUGAUCUUCUCUGUUUCCGGUUUCCUCCCAUUAAGGGUUCUUUUGCUUGGUUUAUCUGUUCUAUCUCGGCCAGAGCAUGUUUUGUUUGAAGCUCUAGUCUUUCUAGCUUUUCUUGUUCUUUUAUCUUGUGCCGGGUUGGGUAUCACCAUGCUUGUCUACUGCCCAGUUGCGGAUUCCUUAGCCUUGAGGGUCAUGAGGGAUUUGGAAGCCAGAGGAAGGUCAGAUUACAACAAUGAAAUCAAUCUUAUUGCUAGCCAGAGCCUUCUUGAAACUAGUUCAGCUACUAUUGUUGGGAGAAACUCAGAUGCUUCAACGAAGCGUGGGUCAAUAUCCUUCAGGGCUAUGGUGAAGGAUGAUGCUUCAAUAGAGGUGUUUGAGGAAUUGUGCCUCUACUCUCCUGAUUCACAACGGCUUGUGCCCCCACCUGGCUCCCCACCGCCUGCUGGCUGACCCAUGCUCCCCCUUAAACAAGUUUCUGAACAAUAGGAAUCAAGAGGGUGGGCCUGUUGUUGUUAUAUCGGUUUCGUGGUGAAGAAAGGUUGUAUGUAAAGGUUUGUUCAUAGGAAGUGGCAGUUGUAUUCUCAAAUUUUUUAUUUUUAUGAGAGAACGGUUCUACCUG